AAAGAACGCUGUCUUUCGUGAAUUGUUGAAAAUUUUCGACUUACGAGACUCGACACGUAGACGAACUCUAUUUAGUAAUCUUCAUAUACGUUUAAGGAAUUUUUCAGAUGUUUUCCUCUCACAAUUGCCCUUCUAACAAGAAUUGCACUUUUAUAAGGCGUGAAGAGGAAUCGAUGGACUCAUACGUGUGUCUGGGAAGGAUAUAUAUUCAGAGAUCUGUUACUCGAAGAUGUUACUCGGAUAUCUUAUUAUCAAAGAGAUAUCACAUUAACAGCUAUUUGAAGAAAAAGAAUAAACAAAGAAAUAACACAAGACAAGGACAAACAGAUAGUUAAUAAUAUAUUCAUACAUUUAA